AUGGUUAAUUCAUACCACUAUUCAUCUACAGAGUGUAAGCAUAUAUUCGAUAGUAAUAUUCCAAAUGCGCCUCCUAGUUUAGCCUUCAUGAGGGAGUUAUGUGAUGAGGUAGAUGAUAUUGUUGCUCGAGAUCAAUAUAGCCAGCCUAUGUUGUGGAUCGGGAUCUACAUUGCAAUAGCAUCAUUCCUUUGCACGGCUGCAAUGGCAGCAGAUUUAUCACAUGGUUUUCUAACUAGAAAAAUAUGGUUUCCAUGUAAAUAUUUCUCUCUCAAUGCGGCUUCUAUCACCAUGAUAGCGGUCGCAAUGAAACUACCUAUGGAUCUAAGUAGUCCAAUGCCGGGUGCAGUGGAUCAACUAACCAAGUUAGGAAGCAUGGCCUUCAUGUGUACAAUGAUGGCUAACUUAAUGCCUUCUUUGGCAUCAAUGGGUAACAAGUCACUUCUUGCGAAUGUUACAGGUUUGGCAAUUCUUGUUAUCACCAUGAUUGUGAAUAUUUGCAUCCAGAUUAAUACCAAUCUUAUCAGUCAUGAAAUUAAUAAUGCAAUGUCUAGAUCUGUAAGUAAUGUAAAUUUUCAUUUUGCAAAGAUGGCAUGCAUCUAUGUGGUCUUGAUGAUCUUAUUACUAACAGUCAUGAUUUCCUCGACUAUAUCAAUUCCAAUCUUUAAACAGAUCCUUGAACUGAAGUAUCGAGAAAUUAGGACUAUGGUUCUAUAUGAUCUUGAACCACAGGAUGCAACUCUAGAGAAACUUAGGCAACAUGUGAGAAGACAUUGGAUCAUGGUUAAAACUGGUAGUCCUCAGUUUGUGAUGGCUAAUAAUCCGCUAUCUUUUGCUGCAGGCGUAAUAUGUGUGAUUGCAAUAGUCAUCAAUACAUCUCUAUUUCUGAAAUUUUCAGACAAAGAAGUAUAUGUGGCUUUUAGAUCGGAUUAUAAGCUGUCAAUGCUUGCCAUCUAUAUAACACAGUUUGCCGGAUGCAUAAUGGGUGGCAUAACCCCAGUAUUUAGAUGUUUUACCAUAUUAAGCUUCAGAUUUUCCAGUAAAACAAGUAGAAAGUUUUUGUUGGUCUUUACAGUAGAGAAGUAUUGGACCAAAAAGUUGUGUGAAUGGAAAGAUUGUCAGAUAACUUUUCUAUCAAGUGGUUGUAGAUCACGAACUCUUGUCCAUAAGUCAAAAGCCAUCAUAAUGAGCCUUCUCAUUAUUUUUCAAAAAAUUAUCGUUGUAUCAUGCAAAAUGUUACGGCUUAUCCCUGUGGCCGUUCUAAUAUUUGUAGCACAUUGUUUUCUUAGUUGGAACUCACUGAGGGAAAAGUUAUGUCCCUGCACACCCAAUAUUGCCUCAAAAAGUACCGAUGAUGUUACAAAUAAAGAAGACCUUGGCAUCUACGUUUUGCAACUUGAAGACAAGAUUGGGCUUUCUGAUCACACAUUGCAAGGAAUCUUAAAAUCUAUGGAUGUUUUGAUUCAAAAGAUUGAGAAGGAUUCAAAUCAUAACAAUCUUAUAAAACUUCUCGAUAAAUCUACUGCAUUCAGAGGAGUAGCAAACUUUGACACAGAUCAAGUGCAACCACUGCUUCCCGUUGUACUUCCUUACAGCUGGAGCUUACCUAUCGUGACCUUGACAUGUAUCGCCAUUUCUCUCCCAAAUAUUGAAAAAAACGUGGCGAACAGAUUGUUUAAAAGUGUCGGUGAAGGUCUUAUAUACACCCAUCUCGUAGAAGAAAGCCUCAUUAAUAGUGCAGAGGAAAAUGUAAUUAACCAGAAGGCGGCUACGAGCUUAUGGCAUGAGGUGGAAGCCAAGUGUAAGUGGUUGGACGAAAAUCUUGAAAGAAGUGCUUUUUAUGGAAAAACACCAAGGGAGAUUGUUCAAUCGUUUUCUGAUAAAGCAAAAGAAAUGGUGAUAAAUAUCCUAUCAAGUACCGAAGGAAAACUAGAGAAGAAAUUGUUUGCUGCCAACUCAAUGUAUCGCAUUUCUCAAACAAUUUUGCUCAGCUACGGAAGCAACAUUGAUCCGAUUACAGAGGGGGAAUUGUUUAUCCAGUUAUAUGGAAUGAUCUCGGACAUAAUGGUUGCUUGCUUCACUAACAUACCAAAAGUGAUUAUGAUGAAAUGUCAUGAAAGUGUGAUAGAGAAAAGGGAGGCUAGCGUUGAGGUUGCAACGAUGCUUCUUGGUAGGACUAUGCAUAUCAUGAAAACGGUUGAACCACGUGAACUACCGAGCAUGGAUCCUGAUAAAAUGGCGUAUAUUGAUGAGUGGCGUCUUCAUAUGAAGCAAUCAAUCCCUUAA